AGUGAGAGAAGCUACAGCCAGCAUAGCAUUAAAAAAGUGACAGGACAAAACGAAUUGUGAAAACAUUUUUAUUAAUCUAGAGAGGGAGGGAGGGUGCGAGCAUUUUUCAUGAGAAUUUGAUUAAAAAAAUGUCGGAGCUCCAAGCAGGCAUGACACCAAAGAAGCCUUCUGCCAACAAGAACAUCAGGAAGCUGCGUGCCGUCAGCAUGGUGUGCAACCUGGCCAAAAGCUGGCAACAGUGGGUUUCAGAGAAUGAGGAAAAGCAGGCCAGCGAACCCUCUGGCUGGUCUCCUGAAUCUGACGGGCAUGUGUCGCCAAAACAGCAGAGAGCGGGGCCCACGGAGAAGAGGGCCCGGCCCAGUCAGAGCACCACCACCACUGCCUCAGCCCCCAUCGGGACCACAUCUCCUCCCCUGGAGCCCAUGGCCAAGCCCCGAGAGGACAAGAAUGUCACUGGGGAAUCCAAGAUCAAAAGCAAGCCGGUGGUUAAGUCUGUCUCCAGCAGCGUCCAGGAGAAAGGAAUGGGCAUCGAGUUCCUCUCCAACCGUUACAGCAAAGAAACUGACGAGGUAGACAGGAUACUGAGCAAAAAGAGCUCCCCAACCAGACGGAGGAAGUGCUCUAACUUAGUGUCAGAGCUGACCAAGAGCUGGAAGGAGGUGGAAGAGCAGCAGAAGGCAGCACAAUGUCUGGAAGAACAGACAGCUCAUAGCAUCGACACAGAGGACAGUGGCUUCUCAGAGGCGAAUAAAAACAGCCUAGAGCCUGAGGCUGGCUCACAUACUCCAGUUCAGACAGAACACGCAGACCGAGAGCGAGUGAAAGCAGGCGGCAGAGACACAGCUGACCAAAUGCCUGAGUUCUCUGCAAGGAUUAAAAGACCGUCCAGCACAGUGGUAAACAAAGACAUAGAUGAGGUGAAAAAGAUCAGUGUUCUCUCUAAGAAGUACAGUCCCGUGGGCAACCUGAAGAACAAGUGGCAGAACUGGGCCUCAGAGCAUGCUGUCAACCAGAAGCUGAAUCCAUUCAGUGAUGACUUUGACUAUGAACUAUCCAUGUCCACGCGACUCCAUAAAGGGGAGGAGGGCUAUGGGCGGCCAAAGGAAGGGACCAAGACAGCUGAGAGGGCCAGGCGGGCUGAGGCCCACAUCCACCGCGAGAUUGAUGACAUGUGCUUCAUAAUCCGGACCAUGGCCGACCCAGACCCGGACGGCCGGACACGGGUCACCUUCGGGGAGCUGUUCGACAGAUAUGUGAGAAUCUCGGACAAAGUGGUGGGAAUCCUCAUGAGAGCCAGAAAGCACGCAAAGGUGGCUUUUGAAGGCGAGAUGCUGUGGCAGGGCCAGGAUGACCACGUUAUCAUCACGCUGCUUGUUUGAUUAGUAAAAUCCGAUUGGGAUUGUCUGGCAAGUGGUCCUUACCAGAGGAUGUUUUCCCUUACCUAAGAAUCCUUACCUAAGUUAAGGAAUGAUUUAACAAAAGGAGCUUGAAAUGCACUGCUAGAGCUCAUUGGAGUCUUCCUGGAAAAUCAUUACUGCAUCAAUAAUAAGAUGACAUCUCUGAGCUCACGUAUUUGUGUUUCUUAUGUAGUGGUAUUGUUAUGUCCAGCUAUCUGAAACAAGUCUUAAUUUCCAGUGUUAUCAGAUUCAGAAUCAGUUAUCACCAGGCAUAAAGAUGUCAGCAAAAAGACAGGUAGCACAUUCCAAUUUGUCUCAUUGGCUGAGUGUAACAAUUUGAUGACAAAACCAAUGCAUUAUGAAAUGUAUGUAGACAACAAGUUCAGUAGAAAGACAGUGGUCAUUAGCACUUUGUGAAGGUUCACAUGAAUAUUGUUCUUCAACUCUUAUCAGGGACAAAUCAAAUGUAUAUUAAAGAUGUGCCAAUACAGUUGACUAGUUGAAUAGUUCUUUGUAGAGCUGUGACAUUUGCUCCCCUCUUGGAAAACUGUUAAAUUGAGAAAAUGUAUACUGAAUGCUUCAAGUCUGUCUGUCUGUAAAGAAGCCUGGACCUCACUUAACGUGGAGUAAAUGCAUUACAAUAACUUGCCACUGCAUAACAAAAUUAGGAAGAGAUGAGUGAUGUACUGCAAAUGCAUCUAAUGCCCAAAAAGCACACAGCUCAAAAUCUAGCAGAUGUGCUAAGAACAGCAGCGGAGGAGUGGGGCUAAGAGGGGAAAGUUAUAGCCUCCCUUCACAUGUGGAUAUUAUACUGUUUCAACAAAAACUCAUCAGACAUUGUUUUUUUUUUAAGUUUUAUGACUAUUUGCCAAUUAUCCAAGGGCAAGUCAUUACAGUAAGACAAAUGACUGUAUGUGUUCUUGUGCAUUUUUAAGUCCAAUUGUAGGUUACUUGCUGCUAUGUUAAUUUUCUUUCAUGAAUGUUUCACUGAAUGUAUCAGUGCAAAUUUAUAUUAGGGACUUUAAUUGUAGCCUAUACUACUUGAAAAUGUUUUCAUUAUCAGAAAGUAAAAUAAAAUGGGCCUAUCAGUCACCCUUGAGUAUGGCACUGAAAGCCGACCUCUUGACGGGGGUGUACAUAUAGUAAUGUAGCUGUAGCGGUUGUAAUGUUUCCAUGUGUGCCAAUCACUAAGAUACAUGCUGCCUAUUUUUUUAUAUUGACACACACCCUAUUGACCUGCCCAAAAUAUGUUGAUACAAACGGGUUCCCUGUAGAUCACUACAAAAACUGGCACAGGCAAAUAUAUUCAGUUUGCACAAGACAAAACUAGCAAUUCCAUUUGCACCCAGGCAUGUUUUCACUUGUGUUUUCACCAAAAUAGAGCCCUGCGUCUCUUUGUAAAAUAUCACCAGUAUAGAGAGCCGCAGUUGCCACGUCACUGCCUGGAUACUCUGUGCCUGAACAUAAAUUUCAUCAUUUUCCCAGUGACUUUUCUACUAUUGUAUAGAGCAUAUUAUAUGUAUAGAGUAUAUUCUGCUUCAGUAUAGAGCAAGACAAUCUUCCAUAAGAUAAUUACGUAACACCCAAUCUACUUACGCAACCCCAAAUUUAUAAUUAUUUAAGAAAAGGUACAAGACUGUAGGUUCUUUUUUUUUAUUGAUGAACAAAGUUUUGCAUUAACACAACAGUGCUUAGUCCAUGGGGAAGGUUAACAAGAGCCUGGCCCAUUGCCACCAGUUUUUUAAAUGUUUUUUUAACAGUUAGCUAACAUUAAAUUCUUCAGAUUUUAGUACUUCAUCCUUGUAAUUAUAAAAAUUUCUUAGGUAGGUAGCAGAGUUUGUGCAGUAUUUUGUAGCAAAUUGUUGACAUUGGUGUACAUUUCCGUCAUUUUUAUACACAAAAGAGUUGCAACGAUGAAAUUAAGUAGCUAUGUUAGGCCAUUCUCAUCCCAAAUAAGCAAAAGGAAGAAAAACUUAUUAGGGAGAGUUUCUUCCAGCGCUGUACUCAGUGGAAGUGAUGUCACGGCACUCUGUGUGUAAUUCUGUGCUUGGGACAUCCCCUGAGAGGUUUUGUCAAGAUAGCCAGGGGGAAUGUCUUGGGGAUCUCGCAAGCAAAUCCAGGGAAUCUCCUGGAUGUUUUUGUAUGGCUCCCUUUAUGUUAUGCUGAACUUAAUUAGGUGUGUAGAAUAGGUGUGUUUAUUAAAAAUGAGUUUUUCAUGGGACUUGUGGUAAACUUGUUGCAGUCAUGUAUUUUUUAACAUUGUAUGUAAAAUAAACUGAAGAAAAACAAAGACACUUCGGAAUCUUUCACCUAUUGUCCCCCCAACGUUAUAAAUAUAUUAUGUCAUAACCAAACAGGGGCAUUGCUUGAACGUCACUGAACA